AUGCAGUCGCAAUCCGCUGCCGACAAGCUGUCGUCCGGCGUUGCCGCACCUGAGCUUUCCGCACAACAACAGAGACGCCAGGCAUCGGUGCUGACAUCACAGACGGCACCUACUUCGCCUGCACUCCGCCCAACGACGCUCAAGGCAGAGGCUGCUGCAGCGUUGCCAUCCUCUUCAUCCGACUCGGCCCUUGCUUCGUCCGAGAAGGCGUCGGCAGUGGCCGAGACGGCAUCGUACGUCGCUCCACCCAUCCCUUCCAGCUUCAAAACUUCGUUCGCUGCAUGGUGGAAAGCAAAUCCGGUGCAAGACGCCGCCGAAGCUGAGCUGCAUCUGUACCGCUCCACUGGCUACUUUGAAGGUGCUUCGGUCAACAAUGUCAUCUGCGAGAACGAGGUGCUACGCGAUGGCAAGGGGCUGGCGCACGGUCUAGAAUGGGCACGCCGAGCUGGCGCUGCUACCACCAAUGACACUGUGCCACCGGCAACGGCGACGGCUACCUCUUCUUCUAUGGGUUCUUUCUUCCAGUCGCCCAAAUUCUGGCCGUUCCAGCGCAGCAAGGAGCCUUCGACUAUGACAAUCGGCCUCACGCCGGCUGCUGACGGCAAGGUAGGCUGCAUUCGUCUCGUCGAUCUGGGUGGCAAUGUAGCAAACAGCCCUUCCUCUGCCCGCAAGAGCCUGCCUGGUUCGGCAUCUUCCUCGCUCGCUGGCUCUCCCGCAGUCAGACCAGCUGCCGAAAGUGGACUGCCUGUCCUCGGCGAUGCCAAUCUAGACGGACCAGCGAUCAACGAUAAUCUCGAGCUGACCCCAACACCAGAAGCCGGUGUCAAGCCGUACACGCCUCCAUCAGGACGCAAGAUCAAUAUGCUCGAGAUCGGCAUCCCCUACUCGAAGGAGAAGGAGCAAGAGAUCAAGAACGAGACCAAGAUUGUGUUGGCGCACGGCUAUGGUGCCGGCAGCGCCUUCUUCUUCCAGAACAUCGAGUCAAUGGCCAAAGUCCCCAACUCGCGACUGUACGUGCUUGACUGGCUAGGAAUGGGUCGAUCCUCGCGCCCCACCUUCCACAUCCCGUCGAGCGAGACCAAGAACACCGAUACGCGUGUAGCAGCUGCAGAGAGCUUCUUCAUCAGCAGUCUGGAGGAUUGGCGAAGCAAAAUGGGUCUCGAAAAGAUGGUGCUGGUGGGGCACAGUCUGGGCGGCUACUUGUCGCUUGCAUAUGCUCUUCGGUAUCCUUCGCGCGUCGAGAGACUGGUGCUGGUGAGCCCAGUUGGUAUACCGACGGCGCCGCCUGAGGAUGAAGUCUCGAAUGGCGGCACGUUCGCGCCCAAGAACCGAUCGGCUGUGGAGCAAGAAGUCAAGCAGCCGCAAGAGAACAUUGCACCACAAUCGACCAAACAGGAGAUGAAAGACGAGCGUACCGCUAAUGACAUGGUCAAGAAAGCAGCGCAGAACCGCGCAGGUGGCAUCAUCGAAGGCAACAGCAACAGCGCAUCCUCGGCCACCCAGCCCUUGGCGCGCUCCGAGACGACUCAGACGGUCGAUUCCGCCAAGAUUCCUCGCUCUGGACAGUCGAGUGAGCCCGAACGCGGCUCGCAUAACCCGCCAAGGUUCUCGAAGCGUAUGCGAUCCGUGUUUGGCUUCCUGUGGGAGCAAAAUGUGUCGCCUUUCGGAAUCCUGCGAGGUUCGCUCUUCUUCGGACCCAUGUUCGCUGGACGAUACACAUCACGACGAUUUGGCGCACUGCCCGAGGACGAGCUGCGAUCGCUGCAUGCCUACUGCCAGAGCAUCUUCCUGAGCAAAGGAUCGGGCGAGUACUGCCUUGCGCACAUCCUGGCGCCCGGGGCGUACGCUCGGCGACCCAUGGUGGACCGCAUCGAGCGACUCAAGAUGCCCAUGAGCUUCCUGUACGGCGAGCACGAUUGGAUGGACGUGCGCGGUGGCAAGGAGGCGGUCAAGCGCCUGCGCAAACAGGGCAAUGUCAAGACGAACUGCUUCGUCGUGCCCAACAGUGGGCAUCACAUCUAUCUAGACAACCCAACGCCGUACAACUCGCUCAUCACCAAGAUCCUGCGAGGGCAAGCGGAUGCGUCGUCCAAGUAG